UUCUUGCCCUCGCAUUUUCAUCUUUAUUCCCCUCUCCACCUUCUGCUUCGGCCUCCAUCGCCAUUUGCUUGAUUCCCUCAACGCCAACAGAUCCUUCUCAAGUCUCUCUCCUGCGAUAAUCCGAUUAGAUCUCCGCCGGACUCAUCAGUGGCUUUCACUCCUCAAUGACGCUGGGCUCAGGAGGAUCGGGCGUCGUCGUCCCUCGAAAUUUCAGAUUGCUAGAGGAGCUUGAACGUGGGGAGAAGGGCAUUGGAGAUGGCACUGUCAGCUACGGAAUGGAUGAUGGAGAUGACAUUUACAUGCGUUCUUGGACAGGCACUAUUAUCGGUCCUCACAAUUCUGUCCAUGAAGGCCGCAUAUACCAGUUGAAGUUGUUCUGUGACAAAGAUUACCCUGAGAAGCCUCCCAGUGUUCGUUUCCAUUCGCGCAUCAACAUGACUUGUGUUAAUCACGAAACUGGAGUGGUGGAGCCAAAGAAAUUUGGGCUUCUCGCUAAUUGGCAGAGGGAGUACACAAUGGAGGAUAUACUGACCCAGCUGAAGAAGGAGAUGGCGGCCCCACACAACCGAAAACUGGUCCAGCCCCCGGAAGGCACCUACUUCUAGCUUCCGACAGCCUCGUAGUAUAGAAGAUAUGAGGGUCCAUUUGCAGCACGCAAAUAUAUGGAAUAUAUAGCUUGACAUUCUGCGCCUGUUCCUAUUACGUUGUGGAGGACAUGAAACGGGGUUGCCCUUAAAAGGAUUUCUCCUAUUUCUUUGCUUCCAUUGCUGUUUGUUCUCUUUCACCUUCUCUUGGGAAACUGUGUGUACGGGAAAUGACAGUUUGAUAACGGGAUUUCGUCUGUGUGCUAUUGAUGAUUGGUUGAGCCUA